GUUUCAGCAGCUCAGUGUGUUCAUACCUCAGUGAGAGAGAGAAAGAGAGAGAGAGAGAGGAAAAGAGAGAGGGAGAGAGAAAGAAGGGAGAGGGUAUGAACUGUGAAAGUGAGAGGAGGAGAGAGGGAGAGCAGAAGCAAGUCUCCGUGAUAAAGAUCCAUGGCGAGUGAGGGCCAGGACAGGUGUGGGCGCUGCAGCCUCUCCUAUAACAAAGAGGAGAGGUGCCCCAGGACCCUCGUCUGCGGCCACACCUCCUGCACCUCCUGCCUCGACGCUCUCAUCCAGUCCAACGAGCGGCGGUGUCCAUCCUGCAGCAGGCCCUUCUUCUCCUACUCCACUGUGCUCAUCCCCAAGGACUUCCAAGUGUUGAGGCGCCUUGGAGAGUCAUCUAAAUCGUCUCUGUCGUCCUCGUACUCUUCUCCUCUCAAAUUGAAGUCGUCCCUGUCAGUUGAUUCAAGUCUCUCGAGGUCGUCAGUCUCGAGGGAAAGGUUCUCAGCCUCGUCAACACUCGCGGCCUCAAAGACUGAAGGCUCCUUUGAUAUCGGGGGAUCAGUGCGGCCCAGGAGUGACAGGGCCGAGUCAGGGCUGUCCGCUGCCUCUGCAGGAGUCUCCUCGCCUCCGCCACCGCCGUCCUCCGCGCCGCCCACCCUGGACGAGACCUCUAAUGACCUGCAGGUGUCUGGGGCACAGGUGAGGUCUCCAUCAGGUGUGGAUGGAGUUGACGGUGGUAGUGGUGGUAGUUUUUCUCGUCUGUCCAAAAGCUCUUCCAUGGAUGAGGCGGCGGGGACUUACACGACGCCCUCCUACUCCUUCCCUGCCAUAAGGACGCGGCUCAGUUCGGCCACUAGCAGGGCGACAGAUACCAGCACCUCUAUCACCACUGCCACCACCACCACCAAGACGGAGCUAAGACCUGUAAAGUCUCUCCCUCCUCUUUCAUCUUCAGCCGCCUUCAAGUCACCUUCAAUCUCUUCACCACUCAGCGCCGAGGCAAGUUCUUCACCAUCGUUUUCUACAUACACGUCACCUUUCCUCAGGACCAGUUCCUCCUCCUCCUCCUCCUCCUCCUCCCUGAAUGCCAGCACCAUCAAGAGUCUUCAAAGUGGGUAUAAGAAGCUCUCCUUAGACUCAUCUAAGGAAAUGCAAGGUAGCCACGUGACUUCCCCCCUCAGUGAUCCCGUGGACUCUUCAGGACUCUCAAGGUCAAUGCCGAGUCUGCAUAAACUUGAGUCUAAGCUGAGUGUUCCUUCAGGAGACAGCAGCCAGGAUCAGGUGGAUCUCGGCUUGUCCAAAUGGAAACUGAAAACCUCGAUGUCACUUUCCAGGAAAUCCUCGGAUAUCUCCAGCAGCAGCAGCAGCAGCAGCAGCAGCAGCAGGCAGGACACCAGCUCAUUGAGGAUGUACGACAAAGACACCUCUUCCAGCCACGUCCGGUCCUUCGCCAGGUCAUCAGCAACGCCCACACACGUGCUCCGAAUGUGUCGCUCCAUCACGUCCAAGACACGACCCGCCGCUGACGAAAUAGAAAUGACGACCCAGACCAGUGAUCCUAAUACAAGUCCUUCGUCAGAGCAGAGAUCAAACUCCUCCUCCUCAUUCUCUCUUCUCUUCUACCUCAAUCGUGUCCUCCUCCUCCUCUUCCUCAUUAGCUGCCUUGAAGAACUCACAGAGCCAGAGUGGGUUGGGUGA